GACUGGGUUGUAUUGCUGGUUCUGUAGAUAGGUGAGCGAGGCCUGAACCUGUCUGGUGGUCAGAAGCAGAGGAUCAGUCUGGCCAGAGCGGUCUACUCCAACCAAGACAUCCUCCUGCUGGACGACCCUCUGUCUGCGGUGGACGCCCACGUGGGGAAACACAUCUUUGAGGAGUGCAUCAAGAAGACCCUGAAGGGGAAGAGUAUUAUCCUGGUCACCCAUCAACUGCAGUAUCUGGAGUUCUGUGAUGAGAUACUGGUGUUGGAGAGUGGACAGAUAAAGGAGUCCGGGACACACAAAGCUCUGAUGAAAGCUGAAGGCCGGUACGCACAGAUGAUCAACAACUUCCAGACGGAGCAUUCCCAGGAACGAACUGAGGAGGAGCCGACACAACCAGACCCCGUGGACAGGAAGGAGAAUAACCUGGUUGAUCACAAGGGAAAAGGACUAGAAAACCCAGCUUUUGACAUGUCUGAUGAGAAACCAGACGAGUCGGGAGGAAGUCAGUCGGUAUCACAUGACGUCAACGUGUCCAAGGACCAGCUGGUGACUCAGGAGGGUUCUCAGGAGGGUUCUGUUACCUGGAGGACCUACCACCAGUACUGUAAAGCUGCAGGAGGGUACAUACUACUGUCUCUCAUCAUCAUCAUCUUCAUCUGCUUGGUGGGGUCCACUGCCUUCAGCAACUGGUGGCUCAGCUACUGGCUGGAGCAGGGAUCAGGGACAGCGAACGUGUCGAAUUCCACCGCAGGAAACAUCUCCCUGAACCCUGACCUGAGCUUCUACCAGAUGAUUUACGGCCUGGUGGUGGUGGCCAUGCUGGUCUUCAGCUUCCUCAAGGGCUACUCUUUCACCAAAGUUACGCUGCACGCGUCCUCCAAGCUACACGACACCAUGUUCAGAAACAUCCUGAACAGCCCCAUGAGUUUCUUUGACACCACCCCAACGGGACGUAUGGUGAACCGGUUUUCCAAGGACCAGGAUGAGGUGGAUACCAUGCUGCCCUUCAACAUGGAGAACUUUCUGCAGUUCUGCCUGAUGGUCACCUACACCAUUGUCACCAUCUCGGCCGUGUUCCCUCCGUUACUCAUCGCCAUCACGCUGCUGGGAGCCAUCUUCACCCUCAUACUCUA